GGGGUACGGCGGCCGGGAGGGAUGAUACGGAGGGCGGCGGGGCUGGGCCUCGGUAGGACCGUGUGGGGGGUAACGGGGAGAGGACACGGGGAUGAGGCGGGCAGCUCUGAGCGAGGCCCUCGCAUCACCCGCACCCCCAGAAUCUACACGAGAACGGGAGAUGAAGGUUUCUCCAGCACCUUCACUGGGGAGAGGAGACCGAAGGGUGAUCGGAUCUUUGAAGCUCUGGGGACGACGGAUGAGCUGAGCUCCGCCAUCGGGCUUGCUAGUGAGCUGAGCAGCGAGAAGGGCCAUGCAUUUGUUGGACAGCUUCACAAGGUCCAGUGUAUGCUGCAGGAUGUGGGCUCCAACAUCGCAACGCCUCUCUCCUCAGCCAGGGAUGCUCACUUAAAAAGAACAUCUUUUAGUGAGGAGCCUGUGCUGGAGCUGGAGAAGUGGAUUGACAGUUACUCAGAGCAGCUUCCUCCGCUUAGAGCUUUCAUCUUGCCAUGUGGUUCCCUUAGUACAAGCAGGGGAAGCAGAUCCAAACGUGGCCAAAUACUUAAACAGAGCUGCAUGCUGCUGGGUACACCUGAUGUGAGUAGCAGUUUCAUUGCUUUCCCUUUGGUUUCCAGACUGAGCGACUACCUCUUCGUUUUGGCACGUUAUGCUGCAAUGAAGGAAGGGAAGGAAGAGAAAAUAUAUACAAAGCCAGAACAGUUAUGACUGGGAGCUGGGAUGUUUGUCUUGUAGAUCUUGAAAAGCUAAAUCCAGCAGAGUGCAUUCCCCAGGCAUGGAUGAGAAAGAGAGCAAGCCCGAAUUGGGGAUGUGCUGCCAAAGCCUUCCAGUUAACAUGAUCAGGUGUGAGGAACACAGCUGUUCUGUUCACUAGGCCUUGUAGUAACACAGUGGUGUUGGUUUCAGUGUUACUCUUUGCCCUGGAUCAGUGCUGGGACAAGAGACUUAUAAUAACUCCAGCUGAUUUCUGGAGUUGUCUUAAUUUCCCUGGGCAGUGGCAGGUUCUGUGGAAAGGCUCUGACAGGGCUCUGAGGUAUGAAGAAAAGAAAACAAUCAGCUUCCCUUUGUAAGUCAUAAUGCUCAUACAGAACAGGUGCUGUGCUGAGAUUCAGGAACUCUGUCCGCAAGCUUUGAAAUAAUAAAUGUGAUUUACUCGUACCAAAGGGCCCUUAACUGUCAUGCUUUAAUACUGAGCCCAGCUUGCUUUUCUUUUUUAAGUUGCUUUCAAUCCAUCAGCCCCGGCUGAAGCUGAGCUGUGUAGAUUUACAGGAACACACUUAGAAUUCUUUGGCUCUGGCUGUCUCUCUUUAUGCAUGUGAAAAAUAUGUCUGCGCUGACAAUCCCACACAUCCUCCGCCAGGAACAGGCUUGUGUAGGACAGGGAUUAAAAGAGGAAGGAGCCAAGUCCUACAGGUCGUGUGCAGGCAAGAUCUGCUUAGUUACCUGGGGUUAACUCCCUGCAGGGUGUAGCUGAGAGACCCUCUUAGAACAGCUUGAUCAGUAUCCCCCUUUGGCUGCAGGAAUUAGUUUGAGUCCAGUUAUCAAAUACAUCAGUCAGGUCCAGUUUGUACAUAGAGGGGUUGUGAUGAGCAGCAGGAGCACGGAGCUUCUUCAGCUGAUGCAGUAAGAGGUGAACAUGAGGCCAAGAGCUACAGGUGUUCCCAUCUCAGACCUGAAGAGCUUCACUCCCAUGGAGCUUUCAGUAGUGAGCAGUGGAAGGUGUCCUAACGCUUGGAGCUCCUGCAAACAUCACAGUACUAUUUCCAACACAGAAGACAUCCUCACCAAGGUCAGUUGACAGCUUCAUCCUGCAGAACAGCUGCAUGCUUUGUUGCACUGUUUUUCUUCACUUGCCCCUUUUGGGCAAAUUUAAUUUUAUCAUUUUCCUUUAGUACAAGCUUAACAGCCUGAUUUUCUUACUGGAAGAAAAAGCCACCUUCAAGUGAACUGACAGAGCAAGCUAAGGAAUAUUUAGGGAUCUUAGGCUCUUUUGGAAGCUCUUUCAGCUUCCUGAUGGAUUGGACUGCCAAAAAACAUACCCAGUGUGUAAACAAGUGCGUUACAGCCGAGUGAAUGCAUUGACACCCUGGCUAUUCUGUAUACAGAGCAAGUAGCAGGCAUUACAGUUGAAGUCCAAGUCUCUUAGGGCUUGGUCAUCUGGAAGGAUACGUGAGACAUGUUGGCUUCAGUCUUCUGCUUGUAAGGACACAGGGCUGCAAGGUGAUUGCAUGGGUUAAGAGCGCUUGUCCUGCUGUCAGGUUGGCACUUUUGGAGGUGGGAGCUUUUAAGUCACUCAGUUUCCACUGCUCCAUUCUUUUAAGUAGGAACAACUUUGAAGCUGCUCCCCAAAAGAGGCUGUGUCUUUUGUGUUAACCUCUUAAUAAGAGCAGGGUCAGCGUGAAGAACACCCAGCACUAACAGACACCGCUGUCUCAUUAUUCACCUUUCUUUUUCUUUUUAAAACCCACAUAUUUCAUGGCUAUUGUUAAUGCACAUUUUUCACAGGGUAAUUUUCCAAGCCUUAGCCUGUAACACAUCCCAAUGACAAAUGCUCUUGAUUUGGACUGUACCGUCAGCUGCAAUGUCACAUCAGACAUUUCCUCAAUGCCUGUUCCAGACAGACCAUCCAGUUUUAUGAUGGCUCUGUCUCGGUGAUCACUAUUGAACCUUAAGAAUCCGGAGGCUUUUCAAGUUUAAUUGAAUAAAAUUCUUUGCGAUAUAAA